CCGUAUCCUCUCGCUCACCCCACUCAUUCCAUCUCCAUGUAAAUCUUCCGUUCGGCUUGCAUGCUUUCCUCUGAUCAUUCUCCAGGGUGCCUAUCUCCACAAUGACACGGCCACGUACAGGCAGUCCAUUAUGUGGCCCUGAAAUCAUUUCUUGGGAUUGUGGUUGUGGCCAGCGGCUACGGAUGUACCAAAGCGAAGGAAGCAAAUCUACGAGUAGAAUUCAGGCAUCGUAUAACCCAUGCUAAUGCAAGACCCGCAGCUUGCAUGAGAGCAAACAGCCUAAUCUCAGUGCAUGCGAAUCUUUCGCCUACUCACUCGUACGUAAACGUGCACCAAAGGUAGUAUGUCGACUGUCAACGGGAUAACCCGCCCUGCCGCUGAUCUCACAAUCUUCUAUAUCUCAAAGUACCAUGAAACUCAUUGUGGCGAUAACAUAUGGCACCGUUGCCGCAACAGCGACGGUGUUGGCUCAAGACACAUUCGAAGCACCAGAUUUCAACGUCACCGAAGCCCUGAUCAGGAAUGGGGUCAACGUUUCGGCAGUGCCUGAACUGGUGGCCUUGGCUCAUCAAUCGUUGUUACGCAGCUGCUCCAUUGCAUGCGACUCGCUCAAAGUCGUUUUCGGUAAAGAAAAAGUUGUCCAUGGUCAGAGUGCAGAAUACUGGUCGAACCAACAAGCCGCCGUUGUGCCGUGUUGUACUUUCACUCCCAAGGCGUCUCUUGAGGUGUCAUCAUUGAUAUUGAUAUCUCGCCUUACCCAGUGCCCCUUUGCGGUGAAGAGUGGAGGACAUGCAGCAUAUCCAGGUGCAUCCAGUAUCCAUGGAGGUAUUACAGUUGAUCUGAAAGACUUCACUACGCGCGAGCUUUCUGCCGACAAGAAUACUGUCGCUAUUGGACCAGGUAACCGGUGGAUAGAUGCGUAUCGUUACCUCACUCCGUACAACUUGACGAUCGUCGGUGGCCGAGCUGCGCACGUCGGCGUUGGUGGUCUGACUUUAGGUGGAGGCAUCAGCGACUUGACAAACGAAUACGGUCUUGCCUGCGAUAAUGUCGCGUCCUACGAAGUCGUUACCGCGUCUGGCGUCAUUGUCAACGCGUCUCCGAGCCUCUACCCCGAUCUAUACUGGGCCCUACGCGGUGGCGGAAACAACUUCGGCAUUGUCACGACCUUCCACUAUGAGACCAUUGUACAACCACCCAUGUGGGGUGGCAUGCGUAUCCACGACCCCAGCACCACUCCCGCAUUGAUCACUGCUUUUGGGAACGCCAUCAAUAAUGCCGAGGAAGAUACGAAGCUCGCACACGUAGUGUCAUUUACAACAUACGAUACUUACCAGCUCGCAUUUACCGAACUCGAAUACCUUCUCCCAGUCGACCUCUCGAACCCUCCCGAAAUCGCCAGGGAGUAUCUCAGCAUUCCAUUCAUGCAAGACAAGACGGGCAACAGUACCCUCGAAGAUCUAACGCCACACCGAAGCGACGAUAUGCCAUCUGGUUUCCGCACCUCGAUGUGGUCUGCGUCAUUCCAAAUGAGCGCCGAGCUCAUUCAAAAGAUGACCGACAAAUUCUUUGAGAUGGCACCUGGUCUGCCUGCCGUCUCCGUGAACAUUGCAUUCCAAGCGUUCUCUAAGCCAGCGCUACAAGCGAUGCAAAAGAAAGGUGGUAAUGCCCUCGGUUUGUACCCUGAGAACGGCCCGUUCUUUCAUGUCUUGGUGUAUAUGGCGUGGAACGAGUCUAGCGACGACACAACGAUGCUAAAGGCUGCCCAGUCCUAUAUUGAGACGUCCAAGGGUAUGGCUAGGGAGCUAGGUGUCGAUAACGAGUACUACUACAUGCCGUACAGUAGCGGAUAUGAGCCUGUGGUUUCUGGGUAUGGAGAGGAGAACAUGAUGAGACUAAGGGCUAUAUCGCAAAGGUUUGACCCGAUGCAAGUUUUCCAGAACCUGCAACCAGGUUACUUCAAGCUUGACGGGAAAGCACCGCUUGGUGCGAGUCUUUAGACAGCGCGCAUGAAACAAUCUGUGAAUGCUCAAUACUUCAAGGUUCUGCGGCGUUUGCAUUUGUGUGGCUGAGGUUAUUCGAGUGGCUAACAAGGGUGAGGCCUCCAACGUCGGCAGAAGACCUUCAUCCCUUACAAAAAAAUUAGAAUAUGCGCCUGCCCCUGUGCGCUAGAUGUUAUGCACGAGCGUAACCGAAGCAUUCAAC